GGCUCCCUGCCCGCCUCGGCUUCCUCCAGGAAUACAGGAGUUCCAGACCACAUCGAGCCACCCACCAUGAGCUCUCUCAGUGAAUCGAUCAUCCAGUUUGCAGUCGACCUGUUCCAACAGAUCAGACGAUCAGAGGGCGGAAACAUCUUCUAUUCCCCUCUUAGCAUUAUGUCAGCCUUAGCCAUGACUUACUUAGGGUCCCGAGGACACACUGCAUCAGAAAUUCGAAAGGUCCUCCACCUCAAGGAACUCGCGGAGAAUGCAGAAGGAGCUACCGCAGACCUUGUUGGAAGGGCAGGAACUGUUCACCGUCAGUUUCAAAGGCUCCUGACGGAAUUAAACAAACCCACCGAUGCCUACGAGCUGAGCGUUGCCAACAGGCUCUAUGGGGACAAGGCGGUUUCGUUUUCUCAGGACUACCUGGAAAACAUCAAGAAAUUCUACCUAGCCAGUGUGGCAUCUGUUGAUUUUGUAAACGCUGCAGAAGAAAGUCGACAGAUGAUCAAUUCCUGGGUGGAAAGCCAAACUAAAGGAAAAAUCAAGGAUCUGUUUCCCAAAGGCACUCUGAGCAGCUCCACCACUCUGGUUCUGGUCAACGCGAUCUAUUUCAAAGGGCGGUGGCUCCAGGAAUUUAAGAAAGAAAACACUUUGAAAGAAAAAUUUUGGCUGAACAAGGAUACAAGCAAAUCUGUGCAGAUGAUGAGAGAAACCAGAGCUUUCAAAUUUGCCUCACUGGAGCACUUGCAUGUCAAGAUCCUGGAAAUACCGUACACAGGCCAAGAGCUAAGCAUGCUGUUGCUGCUGCCAGAUGAAGUAGACGGUCUGCGGAAGCUUGAAGAUGGACUCACUGCUGAGAAGUUGCUAGAGUGGACGAGCUCGCAGAAUAUGAAGGAAAGCCAAGUGGAUUUACACCUCCCUCGGUUCAAAGUGGAAGAGAGCUAUGAUCUCAAGGCCACGCUGAAAGCCCUGGGGAUGGUGAGCGCCUUCAGCGCAGAUGCCGACUUCUCGGGCAUGACCGGGAGACGCGGGCUGGCGAUAUCCAGCGUGGUCCACAAGUCUUUUGUGGAGGUGACUGAGGAGGGCACGGAGGCCGCUGCAGCUACAGGCGUUGUUAAUGGCAAAACAUCAGCACCAUUUAAUAACCAUUUCCAUUGUGAUCACCCUUUCCUGUUCUUCAUCAGGCACAAUAAGACCAACAGCAUCCUCUUCUGUGGCAGAGUCUCCUCCCCUUAGAUGUGAUUAGCCAGCGGCUCCUCUAGGGUGAUAGUCACAGGGUUGUUCUGGUCCAGCGAUCGCUGAAAAUGACAGGUGCUCUUUGAUUCCUGCUCCUUCCCAUCUCAUGGCAUCACUAAGAAUGUAAAGGUUGAAACGGCGUGCCUGUCUGUCUCUCUCUUUCUACAAACCCAUGUAAACCUCCUUUAUUUCCCAACAAUAACUCCCCUCUGGACAAAAUGUUCCAGACAUGAUAAAAAGGAUGUUUCAGCACGCUGUCUUCACCUCGAUUUGAAAUAACAUAUCUGCUCUCUCAAAAAUCGUAUCUACUACUCCAACCUACUCACCUAGACACCCACAGUUAUUUGAAUCUAGGUGAUACCUGGGACUCUUACUUGUCAAACUUGUUUGGUUUUAUGAAGUACAUGAUCAAUAAAACAGUGACUUAAGCAUA